ACAUCCCCACCACUUCCCCAGUACCCAACACAUCUCCCACCCAAUACUUGUAUUUAUCACUUGAUCAAUUGAGAACAUGCGAGGCUUUACCAUCAUUUUAGUCUUAGGAAUUGUCCUCUCAACCCACGCAGCAAGCUCUCAAAGAAAGUUGAUUCCUCGCUGCACCAAUGGUAACAAACAGCUUAUGCGUGGGGAGGUUACCGUCACCCAAGUUUUCGAAUCAUGCACUGUAGCCACCCAAACUAUCAAGCAGAGCUGCAAUGACAAGGACAGCGUCAAGCUCCAAGAAUCCGUCUCCAGCGUUCAAGUAUACGUGGUCCAGCUCAAGACCAUAGUCGAAACCUUCGAUGGCCAGCACGCGAUGGAACACAAAACAACUGUGGUUGGGAUCUUUGCCACAUAUUUCUCGAUGAUCGACACUAUCUCCAAGACGAAAGAUGGGAAACAAGUUUGUCAGAACCAACUGGUUCAGAUCAACGAGGCCUUCUUAUCGAUCAGUUCAGUAUAUGCCGCCAUGGGCAUAGAUCUUCGAGGCGAAUUCAAACGCGACUCGGACUACAAUGAAGAUGCCUUCAAGCAAUUGGACUUGUCACCUCCCUUCGCUCAAAAAGACGCCGCGCCCUCGGACGUGCAACCAAAAGAUACUACACCUUCUGAUGUCCAACCACAAGACACCACGCCUUCUGAUGCCCAGGGAAAAGACGCCACAUCCUCUGACGUCCAAGAGAAAGAUGCCACGCCUUCCAGUGCCCAAGCCAAAGACGCUGCGCCCUCUGAUGCUCAAGAUGAUUCGGAUGAGUAAGAUACCACAAAGAUCACCUGCACCAAAUUUGCUCAUCGGCCAGGGCAGGAUCUGUCAUAUAAUUGUCAACCAUCUGUGUCACCUUGUUGAGCCUAUCCAUUCCAUUCAAGCAGCCACGAUUUCUUUCCAAACUGUCUGCAUAUGUCUUCAUGUCCAAUCCAUCUUCAUAAACACGCAAUCUCUGGGUUUGUAAACAGUUGUAUAUAAAAAUUCCAGGUACAUGUCCAUAUCAAAUAUUCAGUCACCAGGGACAAUAUAAAAAAAGGCAAGAAAAAUAAAAAAUAAAAAACAUAAAAGUAAGGUUAGCCCCAAAUCAAAGAUUUUUUUGUUUUGAAGUAGAUGUCUUUCGGGUUAUUUUUCUUAGCAUCAUCAAAUCAUUUUGUUUUGUGCAAUGAUCUCCACCAAAAAACACCCACACUUUAUCUUUGGCAUUG